GAUUGCGUACUAUUGUAGUAUGUUUAUAUUGGGCUAAAUACAAUUGGGUGGAAGAAAUUGCGUAUUUUCUGACGUACACGAUAACGAAUCAUUAAUUUGUACAGUGAUAUUGAUAUUACGAUUUUGGAUUGUUUUCACAAAAUUUUUCUAUUCAUCAUAGCUAUCAUCAUAAAUCGAUGUCUUCAACAAUGUCAGGAAAGUUACGAGGAAAUAAUAUUAAGUGGGGAAAUUCAUCAGAAGAAAAUAAUACAUAUGAAUCAAAAUAUAAAAUGAGAUUGAGAGAAUCAUUAAGGAAUACGCAACAACCAGCUGUAACUGAGAGUGAGACUCUUGUAGAACCACGAAAGCGAGGCCGUGGUCCUUCCAAAAGACCUUGCCUUAAUAGAAAUGCUUUAAUGGCUCGAGAAAAUCGACUUAGAAAAAAAGCAUAUUUAGAGAAGAUAGAAAAUAAACUAUCAUUUUAUCAGCAAGAGAACAAGAAUUUAGUAAAUAUUAUAAAAAAACAAGGGAUUGACAUCAAACGAUUAAGUGGUGAAGUUGCUUAUUUAAAGAGUGUAUUAAAUAAUAAUACCAGUAUUACUACAUUGCUAAGAACAAUCAAUGAUGGCCUUCAAAAAAUUAGUACACAAAAAAAGAAUUCAUUGAAUUCAAAUCAUGUUUCUGAAUAUUCAAAUGAAUUAAAUACGCAACAUAAAUGUACAUGUUAUACAAAUGUGAAGGAGAAUAUAUUAAAUAAUCAAAAUACCAAUAUAUUUAUUACAAAUGUCAAUAAUGAUUCAUUGACAGAACAUAAUACGACUGAAGAUUCUAAUAGUGAAUCUUAUAUUAAUUCUCAGAAGAGAUUUGCUUGUAAGAAUUCAAGCAUUGAUAAAAUUUCUUCAUCUUUCUUAGAUUCAGAUCAUACUUAUAUUGUUUCCAAAAAUAUUGAAGUUGAUAAUAAAAGUAAUCUUCAAAAUAAAAAUGUAACAGACACAAUAACAUCAACUACUAAUAUAACAUCUGAUGAUAAUUAUAUGGAUAAUACAAAAGAUUUGGAUAAUUUAUUACCAAUUGGUCAAACAGAUUUGUCCAAUAUAGAUGAAAAGAAAGAUAUUGAUACCAUUGGUAUCGAUUUUGAUCAAUUAUCUUCUUUUAACAUGGAUAUAUUUGAAGAUCUUCCCAAAUGUGAUGAAAUGAUGAAUACAGUAGACAAUUUAAAUGAUGCAUCUAAUCUUUUCACUGCAGAAGAAAUAUCUCAAACUUUAGAUAAUACAGGAAUCUGUCUUCAUGUUAAUUCAGACAAAGUAUCUUUAGAAUUUUGUUCCAUUUGUCACUUAAAUAGUAAGAAUUCGGGAUCAAAUUGAAGGGGGAAUUGAUCAUAAUUAUUAUAAGUUCACUCAAUGAUGAGUCAUAGAAGAGGUUUACCAAAGAUUUUGGAAAUAUUUCUCGAUCAGUGGAAUAUAAAAAAAA